AAGCAUGGAAUAAUUCAUAGUCUACGAGUCAGCACCGUCGUGAUCUACGAUCCUCACAGCCACUUUACCGUUGUGUCUUUCUUCUGUCAGUCCCAGCCUUGUGCAACGUUAGAUCGGACUCGAAAACAAGGCAGAUAAGAUUCUGGCCAGGUCUACUCUGGAAAGCACUGCUCUGGAAAGCUUUGCUUGAUAUUUGCGGGGUGCCGCUCUCGCCCGAUAAUACGUUGAACUAUUAAGGCACGAUGGCAGUCGCAGUGUUCUCUUUGGCUGUCUGCAAUUCACCUCGUAGUGUUUCACCGUCGUGCCGCAGAUGCUUAUUUAUUGUAAUGUGCAAGCGAAGCCGGAAAACAGGAAAGUGAGUCGGUUUUCCGCACUGGAUAAUAUUACCGUUUCUCGAUGUUACAUAUUCCAUCAGCCUUAUCCACAACCACGAGUCUCGGCUGCGAAUUUGUCUCGGAACUUUCGAGUAAACAUGCAGUUCAUCUCGGAGUGCGCUGCGAGAACAGCCGCGCAUCAAAUACUCGAGCAGAAGCGUGUCAUGACGAAGGGUUUGCAGGAAAAGGUUAAUUUUAUACUUCAAAGCAGACUCCGUGGACGCUCUAGACCUUUGCGCUGCUGCCAAGGCAUGGUAGCCAGGCUCGUGGUCAGAGAGAAUAGUUCGCCGAUCGAGAAAUACUCCGCUCCGAAGAGAGCGAAGACCAUGAGGUCGCUUCAUGCCGAAAGAGAACUGCCGAAUUCAUGUUCUCGCUGCGAACGUCCUCAGCAGGAUGCCUUCGGUCUUCAGCUGGCGGAGUCGUUGAGCGCCUGCGACCCACUUGGGAUGCGCAGGUCGGUUCCCUCAAAGGGGCACCUCCAGCUCGUCGCGUACCUUCAGGUCACUUGGCCUGUACUAUGCACACCGUGCCUGGUCCUACGCAAAGUCUCGAGGACUUGGAGACGUAGAGAUUUGUGAUGCAAGAGAUCUGCCACCAUCGACGGUAGCGGGCCGGCGAGCAUUUGGAGAUCGACGGGAUUUGGAUCUUGAAUCCGGCACUCAUAAAAGAUCUAGGUGGCUCU